AUGAUACGGUACCUUUACAAAAAGCGCCAGAGACAGAAGCGGGAGCGGGAAGCCACCCAUGAUGCUCCCUCCGACAUUGUAGCAGCAGACGCACCUACUCCUCCUUCGAAGACCGCAUUGAGUGAGCACACAUUGGCCGAGAAAGAAGCUUCUACCGACACCAAGCACAUUUCCGAUGAAGAUAAACAAGCUCAAAGAGCAGCUAAAUCCGCCUCACGAACCUAUCGCUGGAAACUCAUUGCCGGGCUCUUCCUUCCCUACUUCCUCGCCUCGACGGACGUGACCAUCAUUGCUACAGCACUCCCGUUCAUAGCAUCGCACUUCUCUCGGCUCGAUCAGCUCAAUUGGAUUGUCACCUCCUUCACCAUCACCUCGACCUCUUUCAUCCCUAUUUGGGGCCAGCUCGCCGACGUCUUCGGUCGCCAUGUCGUUCUACAGACCGUCAUGGUCAUCAUGAUGAUCGGGGCAGCGUUAGCAGCUGGCGCGCAAGCCUGGGUGAUGCUCCUCUUCGGCCGAGCAUUGAUGGGUGUAGCGGCCGCCGGCAUGUUGAACAUCAUCAAGAUCGUGCUGGCGGAUAAAGUCAGCUUAGAAGAGAACGCAAAGAACAACACGACAUUCGCUAUUGUUGGGGGUGUCAGCUUCGGUAUAGGCCCGGUCAUUGGUGGGUACUUGACAAGCGCAAGCUGGCGAUGGGCAUUUAUCAUCAACAUCCCCAUCGCAGCGUUGGCGAUGGUGUUGAUCUGGGUGCUGUUGCGCAAAGAGCUCGUGGGACCCAGCAGUACCUCAGACUCGCAAGGCCGGUCGCAGCGCAUACUCACACGCUUCGCAACCCUCGACUACGGUGGCUUCAUCCUCUUCGUCUCCGGCAUAACCCUCAUAAUCCUAGGUACAACCUGGGGAGGCGCAACAUACGCCUGGUCCUCCUCUGCCGUCAUCAUCCCCAUCGCCCUCGGCGGCGUCCUCUUCCUCGCCUUCUGGAUCUACGAAUACCUAAUGACACCAGGCAACUUCCUCUCGCGGCUCUUCCCCUCCCAAGAACCCAUGAUCCCACUAACCCUCUUCACCAAGCGCGACCUGCCCCUCCUAGCCUGGAUCUCCUUCUCCACCGGCUCCGCCAUGUACUCCAUCUUCUACUUCGUCGGCAUCUACUUCACCGUCGUCAAGGGCUACGAGGCCUCCAAAGCCGGCAUCCAACUCCUCUACUACCUCCCCGGCAUCGGCGUCGGAGCCUACUCCGCCAUGUUCUUCUGCAACAUCUGGCCCAAACAGACCUGGUUCCCGAUCUUCUCCGGAUCCGUAAUCGAGACAGUGGGUUUCGCUGUCUUAUGCUACGCCCUGCACACGGGGAAAGUCUCCGUCAUUGCGGGAAUGAUGGCGCUCGCGGGCGCGGGGACUGGACUCCGCCUCAUGCCAGAAACCCUGCACGUCACGGGCAUCUGGCCCAACCAUAUCGCCCGCGCGAUGUCCGUCAUUGAUUUCUGCAUCCCCUUUGGCGGCACGAUCUCCCUCGCUAUGAUGGGCGCUGUGUUCAAUAACAAACUCGUCGGUCACAUCCCCGGAGGAGGAGGAUCUGCGCAUCUGAAUAGUCAUAGCCAGGGCAGUCUGGACGCUAUCAAUGCGCUGCCGGCUGUGGCGAGAGAUGCGUUCCGCGAUAAGGCGAGAACGGCGGUGGUGUUGGCUUUUGUAGCUGUCGUGCCGAUUAUCGCUCUGGCCAUCGUGGCGGCGAGUUUUGUGGGGAAUGUGAGGAUUACGAAGGAGGAGCGGAAAUCGGAGACGGGGCAUUUGGAAACGAGUCGGGCGGUGGAGGAGAGGCCGUUUCUGUGGGCUUUGGUUCAGGGGCCGAGGAGGAGGGUUGAGGAUACUUCGAAGGAAGAAGCGCCGCUGCCGUGA